GAGCCGGGCCGGAGCGCUCUCGUUGUUGUGCAGUGACGGCACCGGCCUCGCCAGCUCGUCGGAGCCAGCGCACCUCACGCCACGGCACCACAGCCGAACCCAACGCGGCCAUUCCGGCCCGCCAUGGAGCCUCUGAGCGACGCGGGCGCCGAUCUGUCGCACCGCAUGGCCGUGGUGCCCACUAGCCUGCACGAGGCGGUGCGUGCCGGCUGCGGGCCGGACCUGCCGCCCAGCUCGCUGGCGGGCCCUCUGGGCGGCGCUGCGCCCCUCCUCUUCAGCCCCAUCAAGUUCGGCGUGCCCGGCCUGGACCAGCUGCCGCUGCCGCCGCCGCAGCUGCACCAGCUGCAGCUGCAGCAGCAGCUGUACUCGUACGCACUGCAGCAGAUGCAGCAGGCGCGGCAGCAGUCGGCGGGGCUGCCGCCGCCCUGGGCCGUGCCCUACCCAUACAAGCUGCUGGACCCGCGGCUGGCGGCGCUCUGCCGCCCGCCCGAAGAGCCCAAGCCGCAGCACUCGUACAUCGGCCUGAUUGCCAUGGCCAUCCUCAGCCACGCCGACCGCAAGCUGGUGCUGAGCGACAUCUACCAGUACAUCCUGGACAACUACAGCUACUUCCGCAACCGCGGCACCGGCUGGCGCAACAGCAUCCGCCACAACCUCUCGCUCAACGACUGCUUCAUCAAGGCCGGCCGCUCGCCCAACGGCAAGGGCCACUACUGGGCAAUCCACCCGGCCAACGUCGACGACUUCCGCAAGGGCGACUUCCGGCGGCGCAAGGCGCAGCGGCGUGUCCGCAAGCACAUGGGCCUGACGGUGGACGAGGAGGACUCGCUGUCGCCGCCGCCGCCGCCGGCGCCGGCCUGGGCCGGCCUACCGGCGGCCGCCGCCGCCCCACCGCGCCGCCGCCAGUUCGACGUGGCCUCGCUGCUGGCGCCCGACGAGCCGCUGACCCGGCUCGAGCCGGCCGACGACGAGCUCGACGUCGUCAACGGCGGCGACGGCUCGCACGACCCGCGGCUGCCGGCGCCGAGCCAGGCCGACCCGGUUCGCCCUGGGCUGACCCGGACCGCCCUGGGCUGA